GCGACGGCGGUCGUCUGUAUUUCGGUUGUUAUCUCUCUGGGAGAAAAAAAGGGCGAAAUAACUCCAAAUAGACAGCGACUUUAACAGACUUCAACGCUGAGAUAUUUGUCUAAUUCUUCCUUGUCCAGCUUGUGGCAGGGCUCUGUAAUGACGGGGUGUGACGAGCAUUUGAAUUAGCUCUCCGUUAGUUUGAAGAAAGAGUGAGUCGGGCUAGAGAGAGAGAGAGAGAGAGAGAGAGAGAGAGGAGCCAUUUUGUCCCGACUGUGUGGGAGAAAAGAGAGUGGGAAAGAGGAGUCACACGGGAGGAGAUCCUAUUUGUUGCUUUGUGUGCUAAUGCUGUAAGGGGGGGAAACAGUCGGGCUUGGGAUACAUCGCGUCUCGGCCACGUUAUUUGGGUGGUAUUUAGCCAGCUAGCUUGCAAAGCUAACCAACACAUCACAGAUCGUUCACCGUCCGGAGGAGCGGGGCAGCUGGUCGGGUUUUUUUUUUUUUUUUUUUUUAGCAAAGGAGCCGGCGUUAGACUCCACACAGGCGUGCCAGGGUUAUCCCAAGUGUUUUUUGUGUCUCGUCUGGGUCAAUACAAGCUGUUAUUCAAUGGCGAAGAAGACGUACGACUUGCUGUUCAAGCUGCUUCUGAUCGGGGACUCGGGCGUGGGGAAGACCUGUGUGCUGUUCCGCUUCUCUGACGACGCCUUCAACACAACCUUCAUCUCCACCAUAGGAAUAGACUUCAAGAUCAAAACUGUUGAAUUACAAGGAAAGAAGAUCAAACUACAGAUCUGGGACACAGCGGGCCAGGAACGGUUCCACACCAUCACCACCUCCUACUACAGAGGAGCCAUGGGCAUCAUGCUGGUCUAUGACAUCACCAAUGCCAAGAGCUUCGAAAACAUCAGCAAAUGGCUGCGCAACAUUGACGAGCAUGCAAAUGAGGACGUUGAGAGGAUGCUGCUAGGCAACAAGUGUGACAUGGAGGACAAGAGGGUCGUACCAAAAGCCAAGGGGGAGCAGAUUGCGAGGGAGCAUGGCAUUAGGUUUUUUGAGACGAGUGCUAAGGCCAACAUCAACAUCGAGAAGGCUUUCCUCACGUUAGCAGAAGACAUCCUCAGAAAGACACCUGUAAAAGAGCCCAACAGUGAAAACGUCGACAUCAGCAGCGGAGGUGGAGUCACAGGCUGGAAGAGCAAGUGCUGCAGUUGAACUACUCCUCAGUUGCGCUCAUACUAACGCACACAAACACACAUCAACACAGACACAGACACACACGACACACACACACACACACAUACAUAUUCUAUCUCUCUCUCACUCUCUCUCUCUCUCUCUCUAACUGCUAACUCUAACUCUCUCGCUCUCUAAUAUGUCUCAUGAGUUUUCUUGCACACUGACACUCUCUGUCUGUCUCUUUAUCAGAAUAAAACAAUAAACUACUUCACUCGUCUAAUCCCCCUCCUCCACCAUAUUCUUCCACUCUCCAUCUGAUGAUCAUUUUUAUUUCUGAUGAAAAGAGGAAUCCAGUCACGUUUCUUGUCAUUUAUUUUAAAAGUUGUUAAACAAAAAACAAAAAAAAAAGAAGAAGUAAAAAAAGUGUGAAAAGACAAGCUCAUAUUUUUAAUAUUUCCUUUGCCUGAGCUCACCUGGUUGGACACCCUCACCCACCCUUAACCACACCCCCACCCACAGCACUCACCUUCAGUCAGAGGAGAUCAAAAGAAAAGAAAAUCAAACAAAAAAAAGGACAAAUGUAGGAUUAACAUUUUGUACACUUAGUGGGGUUUCUGUUGUCUAACAGUAUUUGGUCAUUUACAAUUUGUUACCAAGUGACAGAGGCGUGGCUAGCUCCUUUUGUAUGUGGGGGUUUAUUUUGUCCUGUGCCUUAUAUGGAAGACAGGGGCGGGGCUGUGUGGUGGGCGGAGCCACAUCCACCCAAUGAAAUUACUGUUUAAUCUUCUGUCAGUUUAGGCUCCUAUCAUGAGGACGCCAAAACUGAAGCAGAAGCUUUUGAAUUUCUCCUCCAGCCAAGAGAACGGCAUUAUACAGUAUGUCCUGUUUAUUGAUGUUUUAUUUUUAUCUGUAUGAUUUAUUUUACUUUUAUUUCUUUUCCCUAUUUGGGUUAAGUUUUUUUUUUUUUUUCCCUGCAUGCAGAUUUCUUUGGGUUGGAAGCGUUCUGUAACGUUGUGUAACGUUUUCCACUGGGUAACUGUGGGCGGGAGGUACAGAAGUUCUCUUUGGAAAUUCAAACAGUUUUGCAGAUCCAUUAAAAAUAAGCUUGUUUAAGUUAA